CUAAAAAUAAAGAACCCACAUCAAGGUCUACAUCACAAAAAAAGCGUAAAAACCAAGCAUUAAAUGGUGGAAAAAGUGAAGAUUUGUCCUUAUCUUCUACAUCAACUUUAACUAUGGUUCCUACAACACAGGAACAAGACAAUUAUAUCGAAUGA